CUUAAGCUGCGAUACGCCGAGCGCUCAACAUCCGAGGACUUUGGCCCAGAGUAACCCCGCUCUCGUGACCUUUCCCCUCCAUUCCGCGCCUCCGGCUGCUGGCCGGGCUAGAGGCUGGCGGCUGGGCUCUGGCGCCCCUCCCUGCAGGGCGCAGGCUCUCCCCCUCCCGUCUCCUCCGCGCUGUUCCUCGUCAUGGCGGCCCUCAGCAAGUCCAUCCCUCAUAACUGCUAUGAGAUUGGCCACACUUGGCACCCUUCCUGCCGGGUCUCCUUCCUGCAGAUCACCGGGGGCGCCCUGGAGGAGUCCCUGAAGAUCUAUGCUCCUCUGUACUUGAUUGCAGCAAUUCUCCGGAAAAGGAAAUUAGACUAUUAUUUACACAAACUACUCCCUGAGAUCCUACAAUCUGCUUCAUUUCUAACUGCUAAUGGGGCCUUGUAUAUGGCUUUCUUUUGCAUUUUAAGGAAGAUACUUGGAAAAUUCUACUCAUGGACUCCUGGCUUUGGUGCCGCUUUGCCAGCAUCUUAUGUGGCCAUUCUCAUUGAAAGAAAAAGCAGGAGAGGGCUGCUCACAAUUUAUAUGGCCAACUUGGGCUUGGCACCCUAGGACGUGUCUAUAUAUCAUUAUGGCCUCUGGUUCUUCACCUUUGUGUCAUGACGGGGCCACAGAAACACUAUUCAGAAUGGGUGUAGCAAGAGGAGCCAUCACAACAUUAAGAAAUGGAGAAGUCCUUUUGUUUUGCAUCACAGCUGCCAUGUACAUGUUCUUUUUCAGGUGCAAGGAUGGUUUGAAAGGAUUUACAUUUUCUGCACUUAGGUUCAUUGUAGGGAAGGAAGAAAUUCCCACACACUCUUUUUCACCAGAGGCAGCAUAUGCAAAAGUGGAACAAAAGAGAGAGCAACACAAGGAAAAACCCAGAAGAAUGAAUAUGAUUGGUCUAGUCAGGAAAUUUGUGGAUUCAAUAUGCAAACAUGGACCAAGGCAUAGAUGUUGCAAACAUUAUGAAGAUAAUUGCAUCUCUUAUUGCAUUAAAGGUUUCAUCAGAAUGUUUAGCGUGGGGUACUUGAUCCAGUGCUGCCUCCGAAUCCCCUCUGCAUUUAGGCAUCUAUUUACACAGCCAUCUCGGCUACUUUCUCUCUUCUACAAUAAAGAAAACUUCCAGCUUGGAGCUUUUCUUGGCUCUUUUGUUAGUAUAUACAAGGGUACUAGUUGCUUCCUGCGCUGGAUCAGAAACUUAGAUGAUGAACUACAUGCUAUUAUAGCUGGAUUUUUGGCAGGUAUAUCAAUGAUGUUUUAUAAAAGCACAACAAUUUCCAUGUACUUAGCAUCCAAAUUGGUAGAGACAAUGUAUUUCAAAGGCAUUGAAGCAGGGAAGGUUCCCUAUUUUCCUCAUGCAGAUACUAUCAUCUAUUCCAUCUCUACAGCAAUUUGCUUCCAGGCAGCUGUCAUGGAAGUUCAGACUUUGAGACCAUCUUACUGGAAGUUCCUUUUAAGACUCACCAAGGGCAAAUUUGCUGUCAUGAACCGAAAAGUCCUUGAUGUUUUUGGUACUGGUGCAUCUAAACACUUUCAGGAUUUCAUCCCCAGGUUGGAUCCAAGAUACACAACUGUAACACCAGAGUUGCCCACAGAGUUUUCUUGAAGAUGACUGUAAUUUAUUAAUGUGACUAAAUGUUUCAUUUUGAAGAGUUAAUUAUGUCGAACACAAAGGAGGGGGCCCAAGCUCAAACUUCAGUGUUAUUUCAGUUAGAGAUACUCUUUUCAUUUGUGUUGUUUUUCUUAUGAAUCAGAAAUUCAGAAGCUUUUUAGGAAGGUGUUGCUUAAUAAUUAAGCUUCCUCCAUAGCCAGAAUAAGAUUCUGGAUCACUGUAGUGAUUGACAUUAUUAUAUAUUAUUGAUCAAGUUAUGUCCAUAAGCAAUAUUAUAUAAUCUAUGUAGAAGUGUAAUAGCAAACAAGAGUACACUUAAAAUUACUUUAAAAGAUGUCUUUAGUUCAUUCCAAUAUAAUUCUUGAUUAAAAUUAGGAUUAUUUCUAUGUUUUAGGAUUUACAAAGGAUCACGGGUACAUGGAUUUGGUCUGAAUUUUUUUUUUAAGUUUGGAAUUGGUAUCUGUAGUAGUGGAAUGUUAUAGAUUUGAAGUAACUCUCCACGGACAGUGCUGCUUUCGUGUAGAGCAAUUUAAUUGGAGAAAUGGCCAUUCUUACUUCAGGGAUGCAAAGAUGGGUCUCAUACCAUUUGGAUAAAUGUCGUGGUAUCCAUGCUUUUCUUUCAACUAAUAACAUCAUCUCUCUUCAUGACCAGUUAGUUGGGAUAUUUGGCAGCCUAGCAAACCUAUGUACUAAUGGCAGGUUAGGGGUAAAUGGAAAUGGACACAUCCAACAGAGUUGAAAUGUAUGUUUGAAUCUUUCACAGAAGUAUUACACUUGAAUAUUUAAAAACAAAA